AUGGCGCCUUUCGGUCUCACGACUUUCCUCGCCUUGAGUACCGCAUCCACAGUCGUCACUGCGCUGGCUACAGAUGGAAGUAGCAUUGCCUCGCACUCUGUUCCGCAAUGCUCUACGCUCGGCUCAAAUCCAGAAGGAAAAGUCUGCUCGUCACUGAAGGACUACCUCAACAGCACCUCAUCACACGGCUUCCUCGAACCACGCCAACCAGGAAAUACCGCCGCCAACCUCCCAGAGUGGUCUGAGCCAGUGCACGGAGGCUGGCCAGGCGGCAACAUGACCAAGUUCUGCAUCCUCGACGGCCCCAAACCCAAGCCCGACGACGUCAAAAAGCUCUGCGGAAAGAUCGACGACAACUACAUCAUUGCCCGCACCAAGCAAAAGAAAGCAGACCAGAAGGAGGGACACUGCUUUUGCAAGAAAUUUCACCAAGGCACGGCUUGGUUCAACGUCUGCAACUGCGAUAGCUGCGACCGUCUCGAAAUCCUCAGCGGCCUGAAAGAGAUGUGCAGGGAGACCAACGAUCUCUGCACCUCUAACGGCUUCUCCAGCGGCUUUGUUCAGCUUGAUGAGAAGAAUGGCCUUCUCGUGCAAUACAACGUCAAGCCCGAGGAUGCUAAAUCAGGCAGAGCCGACCCUGAUCCGAUGAAGGCUCGCCCGAACCUUACAAAAUCAACUUGCAUCUCUAAUGACGAGUAUAAGAAAAACCAGGACUACACUGGGCCAGUUGUGGAAUGUUGGAGAUCUUGGAAAGCGAUGUGGAUGGCCCACAAAUGCCACGAUAACUCGAAGGACGGUCCCAAGGUUCGAAGCGGCGACUACUGGAAAAACAAGUGGAUGCAACACAAUUCGGAGCUGUUGCAUUCUUUAUUCGGGAAAUAG